CAGAGCACCCGCCAAACACCCACAUGCUACUAUCUAGUAACACCUUUAAUACACCUACUCUCAGUUGGGAUAAUCACACUGAAAAUUGCUAUUAAUUCGGAGAUGCCUUAUUUUAAACUGUCGAAUACAUUUAUGAUAGCGGGUGUGUUUUUUGUAUCUGUGUUUGUGUGCGUGUGUGUGUGUGUGUGUGUGUGUGUGUGUGUGUGUGUGUGUGUGAGAGAGAGAGAGAGAGAGAGAGAGAGAGAUGAGAUGAGAUCAGGAGGGGGUGCCAUGCUAAUAAUAAUGCAUGUCCGUGUGCAUGUUUGAAUAUGUGGUUUAAAUAGAUGAUUCGUUAUUUCGGACCGAGUCCCAAGAAGGAUCUCUUACAAUCCGUCAGCAUGCAGUGCGAGUGACCAGUCACACAGGAAGGCCCGUCCCCUUCCCGAUCGUACACUUUGCUUGCUUUCAACGUCUUUGAAUAUGACGUCAUGGAUUUUUACUUGUUGCGAUUGGCUCGAAUCAGUUUGUGUUAGUAAGCCGCCUGUAUAUUUAUAAGGAAUACGUGAACACCGAGCCACAUUAUUAUUGCCUAAUACUCACCCAUUUUUGAGAGCCAAUCCUCUCUGAAAGUUGAUAUCAUAGCAUUCAAAAGGCUUAGGUGCGGUCUCUUAGACAGCCACUUUGAUUCUGUCCGCUGACUGAUUUAUUUACGCCGCUCACCGUUCCUGUUGUGAUUUUAUUGCCUUACUUGUGAUUUCAUUUGUUUUUGGCGCUUCACUGUGUUACUGAUCAGUGCUUGAUUUUUAAUUGAAACAAGUACUGUAAUGUGGUAUUCAGGGGCCAAUAGAUAAGAUUCUGUGAGAGCUGUGAGCUGUUUACAUAUUUCUCAGUUUUUUCCCUCCUGUUGCUCUUUUCAGCUAACUUUUACCCCUUCAGUCCUGGUUGUGAAGUUGAUUUUUUUGUAUUUAUUUUUUGUUUUUUUAGUUUUAGUAGAGGUUUUACGGCACUCGCAACUGCAUAAGGUCAUAUGAGCGCCAUUUAUUUUUUGGAAAGAAGAACGAUUACUUCGGACUGAAAAGUAAACCAAACCAAUAAGCUCGUGGACACGAAGAUGAUGAUUUUACAGUCGACAAAGCCCCAAGUUUUUGCUGUUUUGGCCAUAAUACUCUCCACCAUCCUGGCUUUUACGCCGCACGUGAAUGGACAAUGUCCGGCCCAGUGCCAGUGCCACGAUCUGAACGGCCACUCUGUGAUCUGCUCUUUGUCUGACGUGUCCAGCAUCCCCAGUGGUCUGGCUGCUUCCACAGUAAGGUUGACCAUCAUGGGACAGGGGGCCGCAAAGUUCUCUCUGAGCAGUCUCUCGCGCGCUGACUUCAAUGGCUUGGUGAACCUGGUGUCAUUAAAGAUCUCUUUCACCGAGUUGACCACUGUCAGUGAAGAUUCCUUCAUAGAUCUGGUCAAUCUUACGCGGAUUGACUUGUCCAAUAACAGAAUCUCAACUAUUCUCCCGAAUACAUUUGCAAGUCUCAGAAAACUGACACAUAUAUUUCUGUCUAACAAUCCCGGUGCCAAGAUUGAAGACCGUGCUUUCUGGAACGUUCCCUCUCUCCGUGAAGUUUACCUUGGCGGCCUGGGUCUUACGGAGUUGCACCCUAAUAUGUUUUACAAUUUGAACAGUCUCACCAAACUGGACCUGAGCGCCAACCAGCUUACCUCAUUCCCCGCAGACUUCCUAGCCCAUAUGCCCACUCUGCGCUCCCUCGAUCUAUCUUAUAACAAUCUGACUUACUUGAAAGACGAUCUUGCCCCGUACUUUGGUAAACUCCAGCGUGUGUGGCUUGGGGGUAACCAAUGGCGCUGUAACUGCCUAAUAACCUGGCUGAAGAAGUAUCCUCAUGCUGUGGCUGCGGGUAAGACAGACGCUCUCACGUGCGCAGGUCCUCCGGCCCUUCAGCACCAACAUCUGAUGGACGUGGAGGAGUCACUCCUCAAGUGCGAACCGCCCGCCCUAAAGGACUGCCCCUUGAAAGUCACGUCUGAAGAAGGCGGUACUGUGGGAAUCCGCUGUCUGGUGACCGGAGAGCCGUACCCGAACGUCACCUGGACGUUCGUGGAAGGCACCCAGAUGACGUCAGACCGCAUAAACGACGUGCCCUCGGACUGGGUGGCCGUGCACGUGGACAGCAUCCCGUUGUCUUACGACGGCAUCCUCGUGGUCACAGCCGUGAAUAAUGUAGGGAAUGACACGUGCAAGAUAGAAGUAGACGUCCACCCUCCCCACACUACUACUGUCGCUACCACAAACCCCACACCGGACAGCAGCAAGAAGCCGUCUACGCGAACAAGCUUAACCUCUAUCGUAACCAGAUCCACAAGCCCAGUUGGACUCUCGGCAUCCUCGUCUCUAUCUCCACUCUCUUCAAACAACCCAGCUGUGUUGUCUCCCAGCUCGCCAGGAAAUCGAGCUGUGUCAUCGUCGUCGUUGCCACAACCAGCGCCAGCGCAGAGCUCCCCGGCAGAGGACAACGCCCAUGUUAUCGCCCUUGCUGCCGUGUUCGGCACUGCGGCUCUCAUCCUUGCUUCAGUCCUUACGGUGUUCGGUGUGAAGAAACUGACCUCGCUCAGCAGCCAGACCCGCAUCAGCGUCACGCCGGACAGCCAACAGCGCCGCAAGAGCUUGUCGAGCACCCCGGAGUUGACGGACAUGACCAACAUACCCGGCACACCGCAGGCUCUCAGGCCUGGCAUGGCCGCUAAGGGCGCCAUGGCUUUUUUGAAACCGUGAAGGACAAAGACUGGGGUGUUCUGUCAUUUCAGGCUUUUUGAAUAGAUCUAUAAUACUGUAAGAAGUUGUUGGUUUU